AUGGUCGAGCCACGCGGCUCGGCGCCGGCGAGGCUGGAGGGCAACCUGGUCAAGCCGCGGGCGGCUGAAGACCCCCAAGAUCACUUGACCAAGCUGCGGCUGGAGACCCCCAAGAUUGCUCGACCAAGCCGCAGCUGGACACGAACGAGACAGACGGCGAUGAGGGCACUCUACCCUAGCAUAGCUCGGUCACGAUAUAACAUGAACAUGCAGCGAGGAGAUGGAGCUCAUAUUGCGGCUUAA